GCCGUGCCGCGGCCGUGCCGAGCCGUGCCGGGCGGGGAAGCCUUGCAUCACCGCCGCGGUCUCUGCUUCCCUCCUCCCUCUCUUUCGGAGAGGCUAUUAAUAGCAUGACAUCAGCCCGGGACUCGCCGCCAGAGUAAAUACCAGAGCUGCCCGCUCGGCUAUAUAAGGGGGGUGAUGCAACCCAAGCGAGAAGCAGAGGAGCGGGGAGCGGCGAGAGCUGCUCUCCCGGCGGAGCGGGGACGGCAGCGUUGCGGGCUGGGUACGGACCCCCUUCCCUCCGGCCGGGAAAACAGCAGCGGCAGCAACGGGAGGAAGGGUCACUGGGGUUCGAUGAUUUCACAAAUUUAACCCCACUGGUGAAAGAGGAACUGAGGUUUGCCAUUCAGAAUAAGCGUCAGUCCCACAGGAUGUCUUCUACACUGGACACGAUGACAGUUUCUGAAAGGCCAAUUGAAACAUCAAUCAUGAAAACAGAGUUUUCUCCCGAAGAGGAUGAAAGAAAAAAGCGAAGAAGGGAAAGGAACAAAAUUGCUGCUGCAAAGUGCCGAAACAAAAAGAAGGAAAAAACAGAAUGUUUGCAGAAAGAAUCAGAAAAGCUGGAAACUAUCAAUGCAGAAUUAAAAGCCCAGAUCGAAGAGCUAAAGAACGAGAAGCAGCAUUUGAUAUACAUGCUAAACCUUCACAGGCCCACGUGUAUAGUUAGGGCACAAAACGGAAGGACACCUGAAGAUGAAAGGAAUCUUUUUAUUCAACAGAUCAAAGAAGGCACAUUACAAGGUUAAGUGACAUGGCAAACAUGGAAAUAUUUAUAGUGUUUUUAACAGCUACCAGAAUCCACGGAGGAUCUGACAUAAUGCGUAGGAUUCUAUUAGUCAAGAGCCUUUAGGAAGGGCAGAUUGCUUUCUUAAGCAGAAAGAAUCAUUUUGGCUUGACAGCGAUUCUUCCCCUUGGAAGAUCUGGUCUCAAUCAAAUUGAAGAGUCUUCUGCCUCAAACAUAGGUUUUGCACCUGUCAUACUUGCUGUUCCUAGGAGCUACAGACAACAGCUUCAGAAGUUUUAGCUCUCUGCUAGUAUACAGUAUCUGCACUCACGAUGUUUGUGCUAGAACACUAUGACUUCCAAUGAUGCACAUGGUACAGACAGCUGUGCUGGAUGGACACUACUUUUCCUUGUUGCUGGUAGGGAAAGCAGACUGAGAGUAUUUUUAAAGUUUCGAAGUUUCCAGGAGCAUGGUUUCUGGCAGAAUGUACUGAUACGUAAUGUUGCAUUCUAACCUAACACACACACACAAAAAGCCUUUAGUUCCAACUAAGCUUUGUCAUUUUUUUCACAACACUUGUGUGGGUUUUUUCUAUGACUCAUCUCAAGAGACUGAAUUUGAAGAGCCUAGUAGGUGUGACAAAGAAAUGUUUCUUGCAAAAUGUCCAUGUAGCUAAGUUUGUAUUUUAUGAGCUGGAACCCCACCUACUAUCCUUUGGGGACUACAAUUUUUCCUUGAAUUGCUGAAAAGCAGCUUGUUCCACCACUUGGUGACUCGGUGAAUUGGACCCACUGGAAGAGGGAAACUAAUUAUGGAGGGAUAUUGAUACAGGUUUUGCCUGAGUAAAGAACCACAGGACUGAAUCCCAGGUUCAUAAAUCAUGAGAAGUUUUUUUU